AUGAGGUCAGUCCUGAAGCUCACCAUGCUACUGGUCUGUGUUCAAGCAGGAGAGGGUCACUGGCUGCACACAUUACUGGCUUCCUACUUACUACUCGCCCUCGCUCAUCUCCUGCCAGACACCCAAGCGCAGACCAGCUCCUCCAAGUCUGGUGUCCACGAGGAGACCAGGCGAGAGGAAGAAGGUAGGGAGGCACAGGGAGGGGAGGGCCGGGCACGGAGAAGCUUUGAAGAGCCAUGUGCCUUGCACACGAUUCUGCUGCGCGUCAGCGACCUGGGCCUGGGCUACAACUCGGACGAGAUGGUGCUCUUCAAGUACUGCAGUGGCGCCUGCCCCCGCCUGCCCUCUAACCACGACCUGACGCUGGCCAGCCUACAGCACAGCGGUGCCCUGCGGUCCGCUAUGCCCAGCAGCCACUCACCCUGCUGCCGGCCCACCCACCAUGAGGACAUUGCCUUCCUGGACAACGCCAACCGCUGGCACAAAGUGGAGAAGCUCUCCGCCGCCGCCUGCACCUGCCUGGCCUAGGAGGGCGGGAGGUGAGGCGGGACGGGCCACACAAGACUCCUGCGACUGGUCAGCCAAAACCUGUGCGCUUCCACCCACUGGCUUACAAAUGAUGAAGAGCACUUGCAUUUCAACGACUUGCUCAGGCUACACACAAAGUUAAGAGAUGGUGAUUUUCAUGUGUAUAAGGGACAGGAAACGAUGCUGCUUGUGUGUCGGCAUGAAGCGAUUGUAUUUGUUGCUUUCUCUGCUGAUGCCAUUUCCUUUGCUAGUGUUGCUUUCGAUGACACCAGAACAAUCGAGUGGUUCAGCCGCGGGUUGUGACGACUGUAUGACAUGGUUGAGGAG